AUGCCCAUAUGGUUCCCUCGAAUCAAGUUUGCCACGUUCAAACGUCAACUGAGCCUGUUUGGCUUCGCCAGGGUUGCCGGAGGCCCAAAACGAGGAACUCUUUCCCAUGAGCUCUUCUGCAAGGACAUGCCAGAUCUGGCCAAAGAAAUCAAACGAAGGGAUAAGAGUUCCACCCCCACUGACUUAUUCCUCCAAAGGGUAUUCGACUGUGCUUCGAAGAAGACGGCGAGUCCAUGCGUGUUGCUCCCCACACAUACGGGACGGCCCACACAAGGCCUUGACAAGUUCUUCGAUGAUGUCACCAGCACACUGCUCGACGCAAGCCCAUGUGACGGCCUAAGAAUGGAACCCUCACAGCACAAAACGGGAUGUGCAUCUGCUUCGAGAGAAACGGGAGUUUUUCCUGUCGAGUCUCCAGACAAUGAUGAGAGCUUCAGUAGGUUGUUGGAUGAAUUGGAGGAGCAUCCCUUUUCAGAAGAUUGGCAAGUGCAAGAUUGGAAGUUGUUUGAGCCAAUGCCGCUGGUUCCACAGCCUGUGACUUGCUGUGACGAUGAUUGCGUUGCUCCACAGGCUGUGGCUUGCUGUGGCGAUGAUUGCCUGAGUCGCCUCCUGCGGGAAUUGGAUCGUUCCUGUCCUGAAGAUGCUGCGAGAGGACAACACGACUACUUUGAACCAACUCCAAUUGGUUACGACAGAAUCCAACGUCAAUCAAGCUUCUCCACACAGAGUCAGGAAUCCAACAACGACGCUUUUGCUCGACGCUAG